AUGGUCCCAACUCCAAGAACACGGGCUGCCGUGCUGGCUGCGGCCCUGUGGACUCAGCUCGCAGUGGCUACCCGCGUCGCUUUCAUGUCCGAAUCGACUGGCUCGGGCAUCAUCACGUUCAUGGCCCCCAACAUCACCCAGGCAAUUGCGUGCUACGAUCUCAGUGACUACGGAGAGCUGCCAUCGGUACAAGUCUUGGACUCGACACCCGGCCUCGCGGUCAACUUUUUCCCGGACAGUCAGUGCCAGGGCAAUUCCACGGUCUUCCAUACCGAUGGAUAUCUUAGUGCAUCAGAGGUGGCCUUCGGAAGCUGGUCCAUCACGAAAGACACGCCCAAAAGCGCGAACACCACUGACCUAGUCGCAACGGCUCCAGGAUCUAUCAAAAUGGGCAACUACCAGGAGUUUGGGCUGACCGGCCCGCACACAGACGUGUCGUUGAGCAUUCCGCUGCUUGCGGCCCUACUCCUCACCGCAACUGGCUCAGGUAUCACCACCAUCUAUGCCACGGUAGUUGCUUGUUCAGAAGCUGCUCAAACGGGCGAAGUAAAUGAUAUUCUCGCAUGUAUUUCCGUACCCAUCGCGACAAUCUGCUCAUUCACGGGUGGUUAUCUCUACAAGCACGCUGGGGCCUCUGUCGUUGCUAACACUGCCAUCGAUAUGGCCACUGGAACGAUCACCAACCUCAACGGCCCUAACAAACGCUCAGCCAUCGAUUCAGCGUUGCACGAUUAUCUGAGCGUCUUGCCAAACAGCUCUUAUGUCGGACACAUGUAUCAUGCUGCGUACGAGCAUCCGAGACCAAUGUAUGAGGUCGAACCAGUCCCUGGACACCGAAUGCACUUCUCGGCGUUCAUUGGGGAUGGCUUCAUCACUCACCACAUGCACUAUGCGCAGGAGACCGAAAAGGUCAAACGAGCCCAGGGACUCGACAAGCGCGAUCCACCAUACCCCUAUGACGGUAUCCGAUACAGCGAGAACGGAUUUGAUUGGAACAUGUGUGUCUAUUCCCAAUCCACCUCCUCCAACUGGGACGACUCUCCCAGUUACGACUACAACACGUUCUACGACCAGCUCACCUGCGUCAUUGACAGCCCGGCUCCCUACCAGUCUGCGCAGGCCAUGCAGAUCGAUCUCUACGAUAUCUCUGGUACUCUUUCUGCUGAUAUCGAGAUCAGGCCUUACUCUGGCUCGUCGGCGACGGCGAAUGCUCCUGCGUGCAGCGCGACGCCUCCGCCGAUUAAUGGUGACUAUUUGAAUAGGAAGGAGGAGGAGGACGGCAGGGGGAGGUUCCAGUCGGCGUAUGGAUCAUCUUCCUAG